AAAGAGCGAAUAAAUAGCGAUGAAGAGGAAGGGGAAAGUGAUGGAGAAUUGAAAACAGCGAUGAAGAGGAGCAAAACUACUCCAAUAUGAGAUGGACAUCUGCUAUACAACCCCCAGAAGGCAUAAAUUUUCGAGAAGAGGUUGGUAUGAGGGUAGAAAUGGACAAUGAUAGUAAUUGUUUGGAUUGCUUCCAACUUCUGUUUACUCAUGAUGUUUAUCAGCUGAUUAUUCGUGAGACCAAACGGUUUGAGCAUCAAAAACGGCAGCUUGAGGACAAUUCCCUGAGUGAUCUCCACGAUUUUACCCUUCCAGAGCUAAAGGCUUGGCUUGGGCUCACAUUAGCAAUGGGUCUUGUCAAAAAAAGCAAUUUGAAAGCUUACUGGUCAACUGAUUCGGUCACCAAAACUCCACUGUUUUCUAGCACUAUGUCAAGAGACCGCUACCUUCACAUUAUAAGAUAUCUCCACUUUGUAAAUAAUUGCAAUGCCCCAAACCAGACAGAUCCCAACAGGGAUAAACUGUGGAAAAUUAGACCAUUUUUAGAUGCUCUUGUGCCCAAAUUUACGGCUGUAUAUGCGCCUUCUCAGAAUUUAUCUCUUGAUGAGACACUGAUCAAAUUCAAGGGCCGUCUUCACUUCAGACAAUUUUUGCCUUUAAAGAGAAGCAGAUUUGGAAUCAAAGGUUUUGUUAUAGCAGAUUCAACAUCUGGCUGUGUACUUGGUACUUCUAUUUACACUGGAAAAGAGGGUCCAGCGGCAAGCAAGGAUUUGGCUCAGCUAGUUGUUCUAAAGCUAACAGAGCCUUAUUUCAACAAAGGUUACAAAUUGUUUGUUGACAACUGGUAUACCAAUGUACCUCUCUUUCUAGAACUGGAAAAAAAGGGAAUUAGAGCCUGUGGAACAGUGAGGGGAAAUAGAAAGUACCUACCUCAGGACAUUGUUGACCAGCAAUGCGAGCAGGUCAAAAGCCUUGUCAGGGGAGAAUCGCUUUUCCGUCAAGUGGCAACCUCAUCUGUGUGACAUGGAAGGACCGAAAGCUGGUACAUUUACUCUCAACUCUCCCUGAGGGUUUGGGAAUCGGACAGGUAGAGAGAAGGGU